AUGGAGGAUGAGAGGAAGAGGGAAGAGGCCGCUUCUCAGCGCAGAGGAGCCGCCCAGUGCCGGCGGUGGAUGGGGGCGGUCGGCCACCUGCCGGUGCGCGCAGUUCCUCGCGGACGGCUUCCAAAUCAAUACGCAAUCAUCGGAGAGCGCCGGCCCCCGGCCGCAGACGGAUGGUCAAAUCUUGGGCCCACCGGUCAGAUGGAUGGCGCCGCGCCGCACCCUCAACCAGUGCGCACCGGCCGCCUUUGCUGUGCUCCGUCCAGCACCUGCAGCCGCAGCUGCGAGUCUGGUGCAAAGGCACGGGCGGCUCCCGUGUCUUCUAGUCCAGGGGUGUCCCACCCGCUGCCCGUGGGCUGGAUGUGGCUCGAAAUCUUCGCCGCCCGCUACCCGCGCCGCCGGUUCCCAUCAUCGCAGCCGCCACAGUGGCGCUGGGGGCCCCCUUAUGAGGCCACGCCCGCCCUUUUACCAGGUGUACAGGGACGGGCGGGCGCUGCUGCCGCCGCCGCCGCCGCCGCCGCCGCCACUGUGCGUCCCGGUGGCGGUCGCGACCCGGCCAGUGAUUACGUACGUAAAUCUAAUAACGCGGCGCUGAGGCGGCGCCGCCGGCCCCGGGCUCCGCUGGCCGACCUGCGGGGGCGGCGCCGCGCACGGAGCGACGGGCGUCCGGAGGCGACGCUGGCCGGAGGCGGCCGGAUUGACUCUGGCCGAGGAAGGCGGCCGAAAGGAAAGGAAGAGGAGGAGGAGGAGGAGGAGGAAGAGAGGCGGAAAAAUACGGGGCGGAAAAAGAGCGCCGCGCGCGAGCACACACACACAGAGGAGCGAGCGGUAACUACUUUACGUCCGUGCGGAUGA